CAAACACUUUCUCUCAAUCAGUUGAAAUAAGUUACUCUCAACUCAAAGCACAUACAAUAAGAUAUCAAACUGAACUAGAUGACACUUAGAUUCUACACAAAAGGUUCUCUUUGAUUAAUUUCCCUGAGCUUCAAUCUUUAGUGGCUUCACCUUUGUUCAUUGUUAGUGGUCAUUAUCUUAUUCAAUUCCCCACGGUUUAGUCGAUCAAUCCAAUCAGAUCUAAACAAAUCAACAUCAUCUUGAGAGGCUCGGGACCGCGUCCGACUGUAUUGAAACAGGCAAAUUGGUUCAGGGCUUUAACUACAUUUUUCUUUAACCCUCAGCAGUUUCAUUCUCUCGAUGUCAUCAACCACCAUCAACGAUCGGACACCUCUUUCACAAAUCACGUCUCAACUCGUUGCUGCUGAAGCCUAUGCUUGUCAAAGUGGUCGAGCUUAUGGAUUUCCAACCCUCGAUGCUGAAAGAGAAGACCAGAUCCUUGGUCAUCUUCGAAGCACUCUCAAAUCCCGGAAUAAGCAAAUACAAAUUGGCCUACUCGAGAAGUACCGUCGGAUUUGUGCGAAUUCACCGUCAGGAUGUCCUCCCUUACCAAUCACUGGCAUCAAGGCUUGCCUGGCCAUUCUGAAAAUCAUCAAACCAAGUACACGUCCUGAUGCUAUAGAGCGACUUGCAAAUGUUUUUGAGAGCUGGAGAACCUUGCUUCUUGAUGAUACGGGCCCUGUUAUCGCUGGAAUCGAUAGUAUUUGGAAGUGUAAAGCUCUCAGGCAGUUGGUGGGACAGACCGCAUCUGUGAAGAGUCGAAAUUCAUCGGUGUCUCAAUCAACAACCACAAAUAGAGCGGCUGAGCAACCCGCACAUGUUUCACGCCCAUCGAGCCCACAAGCCACUCUUGCAAAUCGAUCAUUGCCAGUUUCACCUCCUGCGCUUCAAGACUCUGCUGAUGAUCCAGACCCCCUUCCAUCGACUGCUUUGAUCUCUUCCAAAGGAUUGCAAACAACAUGCCAAGCGGACGCGAACAUUGUACAAGUCAGAGGCACGACCUCGGUUGCCAUGAUCAGUGCCAAAUCACUUUCACAGCAAGCACCUGUUACAUCUCCCAAAGUAAGCAAGCAACCGACAAAUGUAGGCAGGACAACACCCAACGACACCUCGACUACAACUCCCUCUGUCGAUAAGAGACAGUCUACCCUGCCUGACUCUUCCUCUCGAAUACAAACCGGUCCUCCAUCUGCCGCCCAAUCAUCCAAAGAAAAACCUACUCUAUCUCUUGCACAACCCUCUGUACCUUCAUGUGGCGACGUCGUGAGACCUUGUGAUGAUGCAUUGACGGAGCACCUGAAUUGGUGUUUAAUCCCCGCACCGUUUGGCAUUUCUCUUGUAUCACCUUACAUACCUGAUCCCUCAUCCUCAACGCACCGUUUGUCAUUCAAACAUCUCACGAUACCAGCUCCAACUGUUGCCAGCUUUCCCAAUUAUAUCCCGGUAUUUUCUUCGCCGCACUUCCCGCCACAGCAUCCUCCUCCUGUCCUUACGGUCCUGCCACUUCCACCGUCAACCGUGAAACGAUCUCAUCCAACCACUGGUCCAACCCCUGAUUCUCUUGGACGGCCCACACCAGGAGAAGCCGAGAGGUCACAGCGGAUUGACAGUGUUUACAAGAAAGUUGAUAGUACUAAGUCUUCUGGACAGCAGACGCCCACCAUCACAACGUGCGUUGCGCCUUCCCCACCGGCACUUGAUACCGGGUAUUCUCAACAGAAUUGCACGCCUGCUCUAUCUCCCACUAUCAACGCCCCAGCUUUGGCUUCAUCAUCCCGUACGGCUGAGAUCAAAACUAGACAGACACUAGAGCCAUUGGCAACUAUGCUUCCCGAUCUCCCAUUUCCAACGGAAACCCGGUCAUCCUUGGCAUCAUCUUCAACUACUGGUACUAGAAAUCCUCCACCUCCACCUGCUUCCGCAAAGCGCCACACGUCUUCACUCAAGGAGUCCACCACACCUUUGUUAGUCGACCCGGCGAUCACUUUAUUACCCCCGCCAACCAACCGACAUACGUUCACUGAGGAACAGAAGACCAAGUUUGCAUCUGUAUACAGUCGCGCUACGUUUUCAGAACGAAAUAAAAUGGUUAGCCUUCUUAAAGAUUAUGGCUUUGGGGACGCUAUCCACAACAUCCUUGAACCUUUUCGUCAGUCAGCAGAUAGUGUACAGCCCACACCCAUUCAGAAGGAUAUUCCGCCUCCCGGGGUGGCUACACCAUCACAGUCAGCCACCCCAUUGCCCAACGUUUCACACGAUCCUGUAACUGUUCCGGUACCUUCAACUUCUCGCGAUCCUUCUCUCCUGCCACCUACUCCUGGUCUGCACAGUCACAUUUCUCCAACGUUGAGGCAUUUGAAACCGCUCCCGGUUACUAAACAGAGCUCGAAUACAAGCACGCAGACAUCUGAUCCGAGAUCCACCACACCACUGGCCUCUACAUUAGACCCCAAAAUGGCAAAGAUGCUACAAGCAAUGUUCAAUCGUGGCCCUCAGCCUUUGCCAGUUUUAUUCAAUACUUUUACCAAGCUAAAUGUAACCAAUAAGGAUCUGAUUAUCCAUCAUAUCAAAGUAUUGGCAUAUCCCAUAACUGGCGCUGUAGAUGGCCUGUGGGCUCUACGGCCUACCAUGGCCAACCCAAAUGGAAUGGGUGGGGCACCAAAAAUCACAAAUCCGGCUCAGCGUCCAUCUCUAGGUAUUGCAGUGACUAGUGUUGACUCUUCAUAUCGACCGGACACUAGAACAAAACCGACGUCCCCUUUACCUGCUAGCUCACUCGCCCGUGCAUUGCGGACCGGAUUCCCCAUAAACCAGCUUAUCAACACUGGCUCACAACAAUCCAAGGCGCCUUCGACUUCAUCUGCACCACAAGCCGUCACAACCCCUGGAAACGCCCAGAAUGUCUCAACAAACACACAAGUGUUGGUCAUCUCCGAGAAUUCAAUCUCAGGAACGGGACAAAAGCGUUCGCUCCCAUCUGAUCAUGAUGAACUGGACACGACGGAUACAUGGACCAACACGACUCAAGGAUCACCCGCUGUGAUAGCACCUGAUCUGAUGGCAAAGCAUGACAGUCUCAGAACAGAACGUUCGAUUCGACCCAGGCUUGAUACUCCAUUGAUUAUUGAACCUGGGUUGGCGUUGCAGAACUUAAAAUCAAACGUAAACAAUGACUCAAGGCAGAGCUCACCGGUAGCUCUCAAGCAAUCAUCUAUCAUUAUGAAUGACCGCGUCCAUCGCUUAAGAUCUGAAAUCCCAUCAACCGCGGCACCUGAACUUCAAAGGGAAUCACGAAAUGCGAGAUCAAAAGUGAGCAAAACACAUGUUUUAAAACGACCUUCGCCACCAGCACUCAAGCAGCAACCAUUAGAACAACUGGAACCGUUUCAGGAUGAUUUACCUGGGUAUCCAGCUGUGGAUCGAACAAUACAAAAGCCUGGUACACGAGCUAGGAUCCUGGCCAAGUAUCGUGAAGAUGAACAAAUGGCACCACUCAGGACUUUUGUACCUAUUCUGUCUACAGUUAGGCAACGUUGAUGAGUAAAUACAUUUUGGAGUUUUUGUGUGGAGUGGUUUGCUUGAUAAGGAGAAUGUAGAUGAAGUACUUUAUAAGUUAGAUCUUGAGCAGAGUUUUUUCUUUUUGUGUGAUUGAUUGAAUUAUUGAUUUUUUUCUGUGCAACUAUGUGUUUGAAUUUUAAAUUGAAUCUUUUUAUGUUGAUAAAAAAUUGUUUCACUUUGUGUGAAGAAGUAGUUUUUUGUUUUGUUUUGUUUUCAAAAAGAAUUGUAAGAUGUUUUGAUGAUCAGAAACCGCCAUUUGAUUGUCCUUUUUGGACAAGGGCC